CUGUCUCCGCUGUUUCCGCCCUCUGAUAAUGCAGCAUGGGGGAAAUACCAGACUCGGUAGCUUCAGCUGAGUGAGCAGACCCUUCUAUUGUUAAAUAAUUUGGCCGUUUGACAGAAAGUGAUGUUCCAACGAUGCCGAUAGUAGAUAAACUCAAGGAGGCAUUAAAACCUGGCCGGAAGGACACGGGUGAUGAGGGUGACCUCAACAAACUCCUGGCCUCUUCAGCGAAGAAGGUCCUUCUUCAAAAAAUAGAGUUUGAGCCCGCCAGUAAGGGAUUCUCCUAUCAGCUGGACAGCCUGAAGAACAAGUAUGUGAUCCUCAAUCCCAGAACUGAAGGCGCCUCUGGGCAGAAGGCUAUCGAGCCUGCUCAGAUAAAGAGGCAGGUGUCGGAGAACGUGGUCGGGGGUCAGAGCGAUGGGAUCCCAGCCCCACAGAAGAUGCUCUUCCCAGGGAACAAGCUAACUCUUAAGUGGGAGCGUGUUUACAGGGUGGGAGCCGGCCUCCACAACCUCGGAAACACUUGUUUCCUCAAUUCCACCGUGCAGUGUCUCACCUACACGCCACCGCUUGCCAACUACUUAAUCUCAAAGGAGCACAGCCGUGCCUGUCACCAGUCGGGCUUCUGCAUGAUCUGCGUGAUGCAGAACCACAUCAUCCAAGCCUUUGCCAACACGGGCAACGCCAUCAAGCCUGUGUCCUUCAUCAGAGACCUGAAAAAAAUUGCCAGACAUUUUCGUUUUGGGAGCCAAGAGGAUGCCCACGAGUUUCUGCGCUACACAAUUGACGCCAUGCAGAAAGCAUGUCUCAACGGUUACCCCAAACUCGAUAGACAGACUCAGGCCACAACUCUGGUUCACCAAAUCUUUGGAGGAUACCUCAGGUCCAGAGUGAAAUGCUCCAUUUGUAAAAGUGUGUCGGACACAUAUGACCCUUACCUGGACAUAGCUGUUGAAAUUCGGCAAGCAGCAAACAUAGUGCGAGCCCUGGAGCUGUUUGUCAAACCAGAUGUUUUAAGUGGAGAGAAUGCCUACAUGUGUGCCAAGUGCAAAAAGAAGGUGCCGGCCACCAAGCGCUUCACUGUCCACCGAACAUCUAAUGUCCUGACCCUCUCACUGAAGAGGUUUGCCAACUUCAGCGGAGGAAAAAUAACAAAGGAUGUUGGCUACCCAGAAUUCCUGAACAUCCGUCCCUACAUGUCUCAGAGCUCAGGCGAUCCCGUAAUGUACGGCCUCUAUGCUGUCCUGGUGCAUUCUGGCUACAGUUGUCAUGCCGGCCACUACUACUGCUACGUCAAGGCGAGUAAUGGACAAUGGUACCAAAUGAACGAUUCAAUGGUGCAUUCAAGUAACAUCAAAGUGGUUUUAAACCAGCAGGCUUAUGUCCUUUUCUAUCUGAGGAUCCCUGAAACAAGAAAGAAUGCCGAUGGACAGAGCACCAAACAGGGGAUGUUGCAUUCUGGGAAGAAUAGUGCGUCAUCAGAACAGAUAAAGAGGACCAAUCUGAACGGACCCCUCUCCUCUCCGCAGGUCACUAAGAAACUGGAGCCUGCACAGCUGCGUAAGAUCCAGUCCAUGGACGGCGGGCUGGGUCUGCCCGUCUGCAGGAAUGGGGCGAGCACGCAGCCGCAGCCCCGACUCUCCAGCUGGACCUCAUCCUCCAACGGGCCGCCCAAGCUGCCCGGCGCACCCACGCUUAUCGAGGAACCUUCCAAGAAGGUGAAAAAGCCCUCUCCCCAGAGCCAGGCGCAGUCCCGCAGCAUCACGCCGACGCCCUCCAACAAUGGGGUCAGCAAGACGGAUGGGGACAAGAAACAAGGCGGCGAGGGCAGAGGCAUGGCAGCGUCUACCUCAUUUAAGUCCUUGUCUGACUCUUCCUCUGCUGACACCACAGAGUCCAAGGACUCCAUCGGCCCCAAAAGUGCUCCAGUCGGAGAGACUCCUUCCACUCCUCGGAAGGGCUCCGGCGUCCUGGCAUCUCCAGCACGGAGCGUUGAACGCUCCCACAGCACAGAGGAGCCCAAGAUGGCAAAAAUAAAACCCCCAGCUCUCAACAACAUCACGUCCGAAACCACCAGCACCAUGUCGCCACCGCCUGCCAAGAAACUGGCCCUGUCCGCCAAGAAGGCUCACAGCCGGAUUCGGAGCAGCACUGAUGCUCUGCCCCAUUUGCCACACCAGCUGUCCAGUGACCCCAUGCAUCCCAAUCUACAUAACUCCUACAUUGUCGCUUCGCCCAGUCACCUUCACAGAGCCAGCCCACUUCAUUCACCUAAAGCCCAGUCAUCACUUUCUGCCCUCUCACAUGGACCUUUAGUGCAACAGGGCCCACAAAAACCGCUCCUUCUCUCCACACUGCAAAAACCAAAUGCCAGCCUCUCUCAUAAAACCAACGGGCUUCAAAGUCCAGCCCCAAAGAGUCCCAAGUCUUCCAACAGUCUCAACUCUGUGUCCCAAGAGACAGAUCCCAAUUCUUUAGCUCAGAACGUCAGCCAGAAGAAGAAGAGGAAGAAGAAGCGGCGGCAUUCUGAGGUGGAAGGUGACACGGAGCCAGACGCGUCCUCGGGUCCGGUCUCACGGUCCAGCCCUGCUGAGUCAGCAGACGACAGGAGGCCCAAGAAGAAGAAGAAGAAGAAAAAGCGAAAGAGGGAGAGUGAGGAUGGAGAGGAAAGAAGCAAAAGGGAUUGUGUCCCGUCUCAUUUGGACACAUGCAGUCAGGAGGAGGAUUGGUGUCAGGGCGGCUCAUGGAGCCUGACGACUCCUUCAGAUGCAGAGCCAGCAAAGCAGCAACCUCAGAUAUCCGGCGCCAGCCCAAACCAGAAACAGGACAGGAGCGACUCUGUGAAGAAAAAGAAGAAGAAAAAGAUUGAACUGGAUGAAGCUAUGCAGGGAACAACCUCUGUGUUGACGGCAAAAAGCCAUCCUGAAACGAAGACUGCAAACGCUUGCAGUGAUACAGCAGAAUCGGUAAGGACUAAAAAGAAAUUAAAGAUGAAGAAAAAGAGGCUAAAGGAAGAGAUGCAACGGCAGGAGGAGAGUCAGCAUUCUGAUGCCGAGCCCUCCACAAAGCCCACAGCAGAGAGCACCAAAACAGGAAAACAAAGCACAGUUCCAGUGGUUGUGUGGGACAGCCAGCUGAAGGACGGCUCCAAACGCAGCCAGGCGCCGGCAGCCACUCCGGGAGGCGAUGCCCCGAGCCGCGCCGCCCCCGCAGCCUGGGACGGAAAAAAGAGCAGCGACGUGGUCCAGAAGCUGCUGGAGAACUCCACAGAUAAAGCUUAUGGAGCCAACGUCCUCAGUUGGGAUGGUGAGGUCUCUGCUAUUAGUAGAGAUGCUAUUGAAGAUGUCUGCAAUGCCAGGAGGGACACCGUGAUCGAUGAGUGGGAUGAAGAUUUUGACCAGGGAAAGGUAAAAAAAGUGAAGAAUUAUAAAAGAGAAAAGUGGAAAAGCGGCAGCAGCAUCUUCCAGAAGAUCCAGGACAGGCGGAACAAGUGGUCGGUCACCCCCGCAGGAAAGAGGGUCUUCGGAGUCCGUCGCUGAGAGUCCCGAUUACAAUCACGAACACUGAUGUUCAGCAUUUCCCACCGUUACAUCGGUUUCACGUGGGUUUCCCAAAAUGUAAGACUAAAAUAUGUGCUCUAAGCAGCACACUGAAUCAGGUAAAACAUGAAAGGUGUUGAUUGGCGGGCUGGAUUAGAUCUCAGAACCCGGCGGGUGGCCCAGGCGCAUCACACGUCCACGUCUCUGAGCCUUAGUCGCUGCUCCCAAAACUGCUAUGAAAUCAAAUAAGAUGCACCAUGAUUGUGAGGAUGAAGCUGUAACUCUUUGGCUUUCUCGCGUUUGACUUUUAACAAACAGUGCUGCUUCUGCAUGCAAAAAGUGGUCAGGAGGUUUUCUUUAACACUUCUUUUGAUGUUCUCUACAGAUGACACAGAUUUUACACUGAAAUUAUUUGAAAAUUAUAUAUUUUUAAGAUUUUUAAUGCCCCUUUUUAUUUACUGCUUUGAUUGUGCCCCGUGGCUUUUUUUCUUCUUUUCCCCCCUGUUUUUAGGACCAAAUUUUGCUCACAUUUUAGUAGAGCUUUGGAUAUCCGCCCCUUCUCUAAUUAUUCAUGUGUAAAAUCCUUCCACAAUCUGGACCUUUUCUUGUUACUCUUCCCUAAAUCAAUUUAUUUCAGGCAUAUGAGAACAUUUUGACCACAAAAAAAACGCUCUGCCAAGUUGGAUAAGCUUUGAAAUCUGUGUGUUGUUUUCAGGCUGCUCAUAGUGAAGGUGCUUUUUAGUUUAGUUUGUCAUGUUGCAGAAAUCAAAGGGAGCAUCUCAGCUGCUUCACUUGGAAGCAUCCGGUCAGGAGAUUGGAACUCUUCAAUUCUCUGCAACAAACUCUUCACCCCUGUGCUGAAACCAAAGGGGUCACAUUUUCUACUGAAGGCACUGUGUCAGAACAGGACUGCCACUCCAUCAUCCGCUGUCCUCGUCUAUCUUUUAUCUCUAUGCAAUUUUUCUGACCAUCACCCUGGUCACCAAGAAACUGGGCUUACACUCAGGAACCCAGACCACCCGUAUCUCAUAGAUACCUCUGUUCAGAUCAACCCCCUGUUGUUUCAUAUCAUUGUACCCCCCCCUCUGCCUGGACCACCAAGUUGCAUCCUGUACAAAUGGUUUUAUACAAAGUAUUUCAGGUGUGGGAACCAUGGGAACAUUAUCCACCACUUUGGGCACAGAAAAGUUUGCGUUAGAACUCUUUGCUUUGCCACUGCAGAAGACUGUACAGUCCAUCUUGUGCUACCCGUGUUUUCCCUCCUGCUGUAAAGAUUUGCCCAUGCAUUUUUCAUUCUAGAGAUGUUGCCUUGAAUUGGCUAUAAAAAAAAAAGAUAUAGGAUUUAAUGUUAUAAAUCAAUAAUUUAAAGAAGCUACUAAUACUCAGAUAAGUUGGAUGUUAACUUGAGAAUUUAUCUGCAAAUGUGUUUGUUUGUCUAUAAGAGAGUUGUCUGUUUUUCUGCGAGGCCCUCUUCUGUGUCAUUGUUGUUUGAACAGUACAAGACAGGAAAUGACAUGUCAUUUCAGUACCAGCUUUGUCAACGGUUAACCGACGGGGUGCGAUUCAAAGUGGCACAGAGGAACCUCCCACCAGAGCAAAAUGGACAGUUCACAUGUUUGCAUUGACGAUUCUGUAUUUUGCACCACCUUUUCUGACCAGUAGAGAGAGCUUUCAUAGUGAAAGCUGCUCUCGCCAUGUCAUAGUUAACUAUAAGGUGCAAUAAAGUUGUGACUUUUGUGAGUUGACUGUG